AUGCAGUCCGAGGCGCUCGUUGGUCUUCUUUUUCUUCUCACUCCGGCUCUGGCCAUACCCCAAGCUACAUCCGUGGCUUACUCCGAGUCUUCUAGCUCAUCUGACUCUUCCGACUCUGCCGACUCUUCGGAUACUGUCUCGGGUGCUUCGCUACCCGCCGACUACAUUAGCGUUUUAGAAACCGCUGUCCCGUCUUCUUGGGAAUAUGAGAUGAUGAACCCCGCCUCUGCAGCCGCAGUCAUGAGCGCCGCUGCGGCUGGCACGUACCCAGCCUGGUACAAUGACCUGCCAGAAAGCAUCAAAGCUGUUGUCACCGCUCUUGGCGGCUUCGACGCGAAUAUCGUUGGUGAAACUGGUUCAAUGACCACGGCUGCAAGCACUAGCUCAUCCGGACAUGCCGCCGAGACUGCCUUGGCUACUGCAGUCAGUAGCUCAACUGGCUCAGACGCCGUGGAAACUCAGGCUUCCACUCAGUCUUCUGCUACCUCGGGUGCUGCUUCUAGCCACAAGUCGGCAAUCCCUACGUCUGCGAGCUCGACUGGUGGAGCACCCAUCGCUACUGGUGGUGUUGCUGUGGGCGUUGCUGGUGCUGCCGGUCUGCUAGGUCUUGUCCUUGCCCUGUAG